GGAGAGCAACUUCAAAGACACGGCAAAGGGACAUGGGCGGACCAUGCUGGUGGUCAGGGACGCCAUGCUUGCUGAGCGGAGGAACAGUAGGGCAAGUAGAGGCUUGCCAAGGAAGAUAGGAAAAGGAGAGAUAGCUAGAGGAAAAGAGGCCAGACGGAGGAGGGAUUCGUUGGCUGCAGUGAGGGAGCAAGGUAGCAAGACUAAAAGAAAGCGAGUUGUAGGCGGCGGGAAUGAGAAGAAAAAGAGCACCUUGAUACUAGACUUCUUCAGCUGAGGUUCACCAUGUCGGACAAGAUCACACCCAUUACUCUUACUACUCUUUACGGGAUGAUGGUGGAUUUGACACGGAGGGUUGAGAGGAUUGAGUUUAUUUUGUCGGAGUACCCAUCAUCAUCGAGAGGAGCUCCAGGAGUAGCGAUGCCUUCAUUGCCACAUUUGACUUCACCGACAUCGGUUACUUUGGGUGCCUCACAUCCACGACCUCACCCAUAUUCAGUGUUCCAGCAGCAUUCCUCACCCAUUUCAUUGGCUACAUUGACACGACCUCCAUCCCGGCUUCAGGGCCCUCCGGUCAUUACAGCUCCUCAGGAGCGACUUCACCAUCGUCGACGAUGCCAGAGACACUUUUCAGAUUUGAGCACACCCCUAAGCAGAGUCUUUGAGACGUUCCAGGCCAUGGGAUUUUUGGCUCCUCUGGCUCCUAGGGCACUUCCAGAUCCUGUGCCUCCGCAGUUUCGGCUUGAUUUAUACUGUAUGUACCAUCAGUCAGUAGGACAUCACACUGAUCAUUGCACUGCUCUACGACAUGCCAUACAGGACAUUAUUGAUUCUGGGACGUUUGGGCAUCCUCAGUCUGACAUGUUUCCUAUUCCAACCUCAGCUCAGGCCAUGCAUGCAGACGCUUCUUCACCAACAGUCCCUGAUCUUAUUGAUUUGGGCAAUUGACUCAUGUUUGACUUACCUUGGUGUGGUGGCGCUCAGAUUUUGUUCCUUCUAUGGCCAGAGAUGUGACGACAG